AUGUAGAACCUUUCUAAUUUUGAUUCAUUAUCUCAAUCUCAAUUAUAGGCUUUUAGUUAAUAAAAUCCUUUAAGAUUUUUGUCAUUUUAAUACACUGAAAACGAUUUACAUUCUUUUAAUUAUUAUACUAGUGUUUAUAAGAUAGAGAAAAGAUAUCGAAUUUUAAAAUAAAUAGGCUUUGGUUUUAAUCCUACUUUCACUGCGAUUGAUCAAGAAUAUGGAUAAAAAGUAAUAAUUGAAGUAAUAAAAAUUGAAAAUGAUGAUUUGAUUUAUAUGAAUUAACUAAUUAGAUAAAUAAAAAUAGAAAACCAUUUUAAGCAUGAAAAUAUUUCUUCUAAUCUACAUAUAAUGAUGGAAUCUAAAAAUCUCUACAUAGUAAGAGAGUUCAUUGAUACAGAUUUGCAUAGAGUUAAUUUCUCUAAAUAAGAAUUAACUGAUGAUCAUAUCUAAUAUUUUACUUAUUAAAUAUUAAGCGCUCUUUUUUUUUUGCAUUCCUAAAAUGUUUACCACACUUAAUUGAGACUUUCUAAUAUAUUAUUAAAUAAAAAUUGCGAUUUGAAAAUAAGCCGUUUUAUAGGUACUAAUUUCCCUAAUGAAAUUUAUUCAUAAUAUAUAACGAGUGACUAUUUCUUAUCUCCAUAAUAAAUUUUAAAUUUACCUAAAAAUUUAUCUAAAACUGAUAUAUGGCAUGUUGGAGUAAUUAUUUUAGGGCUAAUUAAUAGAGAUACUUUCUUUUCCAAUCUUUCUAAUUAGCUUGGUGGAGGCUAUUUGGGACUUAUAAAUGCUAUUUUUUCUUACAUAGGAACUCCUUCAGGAGAGGAACUUUUAUAAUAUUAAGAUUAUAAAGGUUUGUAUUAAUAUAUCAUUAAAUAUAGUAAAAAAUCUUGGUAGGAUGUAUUUCCAGAUGCAAAUCCUUUAUUAUGUGAUCUAUUAGAUAAAAUGCUCGUUUUCAAUGAAGAUAAGCGCUAUACUGUGAAAGAAUGCUUACAACAUCCAUACUUUGAAGAUUUAUACGAUUUGGAUGAUAUUGAUGAGUGUGAUGUAAAGUUUGAUCACUCUUAAUUUUAAAUUGGCCUAAAUGAAGAUGAAAUAAUGAAGGAGAUUUAUUUUGAAGUUGAAAAAAGUUAUUAAAAAUAGUAAAAGUAGAAGCUAAAAAGAUAUUAAAUAUAAAUAAUUUAAAAUAUUGCUUUUUAAAAGCACUUAGCUGAUUAAAUUCCUCUUAAUCCUAAAUUAAUAUUUUAUAAUUUAUAUGAAGAUUUAUGA